AUGCUAGAAUAAUUCUACCUCGAAAUACAAUAACUAGAUAGCAUUACAUUAUUAAUUAAUACCAUGCAGAAUGCAGAGAAGUCACUCAUUGUUCGCGGUGCACUCGUUGCGUAAUCCAUUAAAAUUAUCAACUCUCAAGCAUCUCGCAAAUCGUGAACGGACUCGAUAUAUAAACUCGCGGAGUCCGUUUCUUUGACAAUUGCGCGCGGGAACUGUUCCCGAGUAAAUCGCUGAAGCGAGAAGCAUCGAGGUCUCUUCUCCUCGAGUAACCAACUGACAGAUUUGAGAAUUUAACGUUGCAAUGGAGCCCGUUACUGCACUUCUAGCCACGCUGAUGGCGUGCCUCUGCUUGUACUAUUUCAUCGCCAACACUCUGCUGUACUUCAAACGGCUGAAGAUCCCGCACGUGCUGCCGAUUCCGUUACUGGGCAACCUGGGACCCUUCAUCCUGCGGCGGAUUUCCUUGGCCGAGAUCAUAUGCAACACGUACCGCCUGUUCCCGGACGCGAAGUACUUCGGCUUCUACGACUUCACGACGCCGAUUUACGUGCUACGCGACCUGGAUCUGAUCAAUUUAAUCACCAUCAAGAACUUCGACCACUUCUGCAACCACCGUAACUUCGUCAAUGAGAAUCUCGAGCCGAUCGCUGGUAGAAAUCUAUUUGGCCUACGGAAUGAUCAGUGGCGCGCGACGCGACGGCACCUCAGUCCUACAUUCACGUCCAACAAGAUAAAGUUGAUGUUUGGACUGGUGUGCAAAUGCGCCGAGAAUUUCGCCAAUUUCAUUGCGGCUGAGGCUGGCAGCACCGGGAAGACGUACAACAUGAAGGACAUCCAGUGUAGAUUCGCCAACGACGUAGUGGCCAGCUGCGCGUUCGGCAUCGAUGUGGACUCCUUCAAUGAACCUAACAACGAGUUCUUCUUGCUCGGCCAGAAGACCAUGAACUUUAACGGUGCGCUAACGUACAAGAUGCUCAUCAGUAGGAACUUCCCGAAUCUGGCGAAUCUUCUGAGAAUCAAGUUCUUCGAGAGUAAGACAGAGAAUUUCUUCAAGCAGAUCAUCAGCGACUCGGUGAGGUUCAGACGUGAGAAGGGAGUUGUUCGACCGGAUGUGAUUCACCUGAUGAUGGAGAGCAAGGACGCUGACGGUGAACCUUUGUUCGACGUCGAAGAGAUGGCUGCUCAGGCCCUGGUCUUCUUCCUCGCCGGUUUCGACUCCAUAUCCACGAGCAUGAGCUACCUGGCGCAUGAGGUUGCGAUAAAUCCUGAUGUUCAGAACAAACUGUUAGCAGAGAUCGAGAAUGUUCUUGAAGAGACCAAUGGGAAACCUACCUACGAGACUAUCUGCGGUAUGCGUUACAUGGACGCUGUAGUAAGCGAGUCCAUGAGGCUGCAUCCGCUGGUGUCUUCCCUGGACCGGGUGUGCGUGAAGGAGUUCGAAUUACCGCCGGCAACUCCAGACAGCGAACCAGUUACGCUGAAGCCCGGUGAUGUCGUUUGGUUCCAGAGCUAUGCCAUUCACCGCGACAGCAAGUACUACCCGCGGCCGAACGAUUUCGUGCCGGAGCGGUUCCUGAACGGCGAGGUGAACAGCUCGUCCUACAUGCCGUUCGGUAUCGGCCCGAGGAUCUGCAUAGCUAACAGAUUUGCUUUGAUGGAGAUGAAGGUCAUGUUGUUCCACAUGCUGCAGCAUUGCAUAUUCGAGCCCGACGUCAAGACAAGGAUACCCAUGAUACUGGACAAGAAGUCGUUUAUGGUGAUGGCAGACGGCGGUUUCUGGUUGAGGCUACGAGCGAGGAAAUACUGAGCGAGCAACUUUGCCAUCAUUCGCUUAGUAUAGAUAUCACAAAAACUUUCAGAUUUUAAAUGUACAUGGAGUUACAUUUGUUGUCUCAUUUGUUAUCAGAGAAGUCAAGCUGUCCGAUUAUCAUCAAGAAAUUCACGUAAAUAUUAAACAUCGAAUGUUGCGAUGACAUAAUAUAGAGAUAUAUUUCAUAUAUCUCAGUUGUACGAUCUAUGUAUGAUGAUGUUUUUUAAGAACAAGUACAUUAUGAUAGAUUUGAGCAAAAUUGAAAAUGCAUUAACUUUAUCCGAAGAACAAGAUGAUUAUAUUAUCGAAUGAUGUAUAUAGGAGCGUUAUUAGGAGAGGCCAAGAUUCGAUUGUCUCGCCGAAAGAUAAUUUCACUAAAUAUCGAUAUUAAUUUAUUCAGAAAGUAUAAUGGCAUUAAUAUUAAUACUACGUUCGUCUAGCGUUAAGGCAACAGCGAAUUGUAUCGAACGAGUCGAACGAACGAUUGAUUCUUCAAGCAAAUUGUGUACGCUUUCUUUUGUGACUUGUAAAUAAAUACUAGUACAAAUAA